UUAUGUGAGCUCCGGCAACAGAUGGCGGUGGCGGCGGGUAGUACAGCCAGCUCAAAUCUGACACGGCGUAAGCUCUGAUGGGGGAGUCCAAUGAGGAACUGGAACAAGGCUAUGUCAGUCUGAACUCAUUGAGAAUUUCUUUCAAUUUUACAGUCUUGGUUGGAUUUUUCUCUUUUUACUUUCAUUUUUCACCGGAGGCCGCAGAAGCCUCGGGCUGGAUUUGGCUACACACCAAUCAGAGUGUAAGAAGACAUCUGCGGGAUUGUUUGGAAAGUCUCGUAAAAUGUAUUUGCCAGAAAUAGGCGUUUUGAAGUUGUAACAUGUUUAUCUUGUACAGUCAAUAGUAUUUACACGAUAGCACAACUUGUAAUUAAUGUGGUGUACUAAAAAAAAGUUAAGGAGACAAGCUAACUAGUAAGCUAGCUUGCUAUAAUGCUACUUAGCUAGCUAACGUUACCUAGCAGCGACACUCUAGCAUGUUGAAUGAAUGAAUUGGCGACUCCCUGCAUUUAACUAACAACUGCUUGUUUUUAUUACAAGAACACGUUGACUAUUACAUGAGACGACAUAAAUUUCCACAUUAGGGUGAUCCUGUAAGGCUACCUCUUUGACUGUUACACUACAUACCCUCAAUUGGACAGGAAUGCAAUUCCAGGGAGUUGGCGGACAGCGGCGAUUUAGCACGCAAAGAUAGUGUUGUCCUAAUACUGACAAAAGCCUGGUAAUGUUUAUGAAGCUGGGGGGAGCUAAUUUUAGCUAGCUACAAAUAUUUGCACUACUUGGACUUGGCUGCAAUAGUGUGAAGCUUACGCCCGGCUUGGAAUGGGGAAUACGGUGUCAUGCUGCGUCUCUCCGGAAUCAAGCCCCAAACUACCCUCGAGACAACCGGCAGAGCGGCUGGAGGAGGUCCAGACCAGCACCGAAGUGAGCGAAGAUAACACCGUGCCCUACCUGCAGCAUAUAAGCGACAGAGAGGUGCCUGAUGAACUGGCCUUGGAGUCUAACCCUUCUGACCACGCUCGAGCAAGCACCAUCUUCCUUUGCAAGUCCCAGACAGACGCUUCCUUUACAGUACGAGACAAGAGGAAAAGCAACCACAUAAAUCAUAUCAGUCAUGUAUCUCCUGGUCCACUGUCAAAGAAAUACAGCUCCUGUUCAACAAUCUUCAUAGAUGACAACACCGUCAGCCAGCCAAACCUCAAAAGCACAAUCAAAUGUGUCACAUUAGCAAUAUACUACCAUAUCAAAAACAGGGACUCGAGCAGGUCGCUGGACAUCUUUGAUGAGAAGUUGCACCCCUUAUCAAAAGAGCCAUUGCCAGAUGACUACUCCCAUGUCAACCCUGAACACAAAGUGAUCUACCGCUUUGUCAGAACGCUCUUCAGCGCUGCACAGCUCACUGCAGAAUGUGCCAUUGUCACUCUAGUGUACGCGGAACGCCUGCUGACCUACGCUGAGCUCGAUAUCUGCCCUGCCAACUGGAAGCACAUCGUCCUGGGAGCCAUCCUGUUGGCUUCUAAAGUCUGGGAUGACCAGGCUGUGUGGAACGUCGACUACUGCCAGAUCCUUAAAGACAUCACAGUGGAGGACAUGAAUGAGAUGGAGCGCCACUUCCUGGAACUUCUCCAGUUUAAUAUCAACGUGCCGGCCAGUGUCUAUGCCAAGUACUACUUUGAUCUGCGGCAGCUGGCUGAUGACAACAACCUCAACUUCCCUCUGGAGCCUCUCGACAACCAACGCGCCAAGAAACUAGAGGCCAUUUCAAGACUAUGUGAGGACAAGUACAAGGACCUGAGUCGAGCAGCGAUGAGACGAUCAAUCAGUGCAGACAACCUGAUAGGUAUACGACACUCCAACGCUGUGCUGUCAUAGGCCAGACUGCUUGCCCUCUGAUUUCCAAAGCCCAGCUAACCCACAGCCAGACCCGGACAGACGUUACCACCUCACACGUUCAACACAUGCAGGAUUCAGGCUUGAAAUGUUACUGCACGACCUCCCAAAACAGUAAAUUGCGUUACGGCUUUGAAGCUGCGUGAUUGCAAAAUUACACUUGAGGUGUUAACCUAAAACUUCACCACACAACUGUUGUGUUUACAAAUCCCUUAUUUAUUUCUUACUUGUUCUUUAUUUCAAGUGUUAAGUAGGACUGCUCUGCCGCAGUUACCUCUGAGGGGUAGUCAUGAAAAAAAUGUUUCCAAAAAUAUUUGAAAUAUUCCAUACAGCCUGGUGUUCUUCUAUAUUUUAGUCGUCGUCACCUAAUCCCAUGAGAAGACACAACCCAACUAUUUGUUCGUCUGUCUCUCUGUACUGAGAGGAACAACCUUAAAAACAAGGUUUUGACAACAAGAAGGGAAAUCAAUGUUUUAUUAUGAACAGAUCAUUUAAUUUCAAUGUUCCACGAAACUGUUUGUGUGCUGUCAAUUAUAGUGCUUAGAAAGAAAGAAAAUCGAAAUCAGCAGAUCAGCAGAUCAGAAUUUAAAAUAAUCAGAAAUCAGAAUCGGCCAAGAAAAUUGCCAUCGGUGCAACAACGGAGCUCUGACCUCGAGGAAUAAGACAUCAGGCUCUCCAUACUUGUUAGUAGGAGCCGUUCAUUGUUGGUUUUUGUCUUUCCGUGGGAUUUGUUGACAAUAUGAAAGUGUAUAAUAUCAUGAGACAUAUCUUUUAAAAUGUGCAUCAGAUCAAAUACAAAGCUGUUCCUUUUUGAGGGUGUAACAAAAAGAUGUGUUUGCUGUUAAUCCAGUGGUGAUUCUAUAUCUGUAAAUGAUCUACACGUAUGAAUUUGGAUGGAGCGCACAGCAUGUCAAAGUAGUGAACUAUAUAUAUUCCACAGGAUUUGGCUGAAGUAAGCCGGCCUUCAGUCAGCUGUCAGUGCCAAUCUGGGGUCAGUUUCACUUCAGGCGUUCAUAAAGGAGCGAUUUUACAGAUUCUCAAUCAGUAUCGCUACGGCGUGUCUCGACGGCGCAGUUAGGUCGACAUAUUGACAAAAUCAAGGUUUGGUUCACAUUGUCCACCCUCAAUAUUGUGCCCCUCAAAUCCCGACAUCCUGACCCCGCCUCACAGAGCCCUCAACAGAUAACCAACCCUGUGCUUGUCCCAGGCCCCCGACCAGAGCUUUCAAACAAACCACAUAGAUAUUGAGGAGGGGGGGAAGAGACUGAUGAAUACUCUCCUCCUUUUUGCUUACUAUGUAGGCUAUUUAGCUGUGAAACUUGUCUUGUUUUUAAUUGAAAAAUAAACAUUUGCAGAUGGAGUAUUUUAAAUAAACACUAAUCAUGUAACAAAGAAA